GAGGCUGAAUAAUAACAGUUUGAGUGGACGUAUUCCCAUGUCUCUAACCACCAUUGUUGCACUUCAAGUACUUGAUCUCUCAAGCAAUCAUUUGACAGGACCAGUUCCAGUCAAUGGUUCCUUUACGCUUUUUACUCCUAUAAGUUUUGCUAAUAACCAAUUGGAAGUUCCUCCAGCUUCUCCGCCUCCUCCUCUUCCUCCUACACCCUCAUCUUCUUCUUCAGUGGGCAACAGUGCAACUGGAGCCAUCGCUGGAGGAGUUGCUGCAGGCGCUGCUCUUCUAUUUGCAGCUCCUGCAAUUUUUCUUGUUUGGUGGCGUCGGAGGAAACCACAAGAUCACUUCUUUGAUGUUCCUGCUGAAGAGGAUCCAGAAGUUCAUCUAGGACAACUCAAGAGGUUUUCCUUGCGUGAACUACAAGUUGCAUCAGAUAAUUUUAGCAACAGAAAUAUACUUGGUAGAGGUGGAUUUGGUAAGGUUUAUAAGGGCCGGUUAGCUGAUGGCUCUUUAGUUGCAGUGAAAAGACUAAAAGAGGAACGUACUCAAGGUGGGGAGUUGCAGUUUCAGACAGAAGUAGAAAUGAUCAGCAUGGCUGUACACCGAAAUCUACUGCGUUUAAGGGGCUUUUGCAUGACUCCCACUGAGCGCGUGCUUGUUUAUCCAUACAUGGAGAACGGAAGUGUUGCAUCACGUUUAAGAGAGCGGCCUGAAUCGGAGCCCCCACUUGACUGGUCAAAAAGGAAGCGUAUUGCACUUGGAUCGGCAAGAGGCCUUGCUUACUUGCAUGAUCAUUGUGAUCCUAAGAUUAUUCAUCGUGAUGUCAAAGCCGCAAAUAUCUUAUUGGAUGAGGAGUUUGAAGCAGUUGUUGGGGAUUUUGGGUUAGCUAAACUCAUGGACUACAAGGAUACUCACGUUACCACUGCUGUACGUGGUACAAUUGGGCAUAUUGCCCCUGAAUAUUUAUCCACUGGUAAAUCUUCUGAGAAAACGGAUGUGUUUGGCUAUGGGGUUAUGCUUCUAGAGCUCAUAACUGGCCAAAGGGCUUUUGAUCUUGCUCGACUUGCGAAUGAUGAUGAUGUCAUGUUGCUUGAUUGGGUGAAGGGACUCCUGAAGGACAAGAAAUAUGAAACAUUAGUUGAUGUAGAUCUCCAAGGUAAUUACAAUGAAGAAGAGGUGGAGCAGCUUAUUCAGGUAGCUCUACUCUGCACGCAGAGUACGCCUACAGAACGUCCAAAGAUGUCGGAUGUUGUUAGAAUGCUUGAAGGCGAUGGCCUUGCUGAGAGGUGGGAGGAAUGGCAAAAGGAGGAGAUGUUCAGGCAAGAUUACAACAAUGUCCACCAGCCCCAUACUGAUUGGAUAAUAGCCGACUCCACUUCAAAUAUCCGACCAGAUGAAUUGUCGGGGCCAAGAUGAUCUUUAAGUUAUACUGCCAUCAGCACAUAUAGGACUGACUCUUUUGAGGGAAAAUCCUCUUUGUAUCUGUAGUUGGUAAUUGUCAUCUUUGUGCAUAACAUUUUCCUUCUUUUCCAUUUUUUGUUUCUUUCAGUCAGUUAUAUUGUAUUCGAUUACGUCAAAAUGUCUAUAGGUGAUUGGGUCAUUACAGGUCUGAAUAUGAAAGUUAGCCGGAAUGGCGUUUGUUAAAAGAAUAAACACGUGUAAACUUCAAGCUUUCACAAUUUCUUUCAUGUUCACCGGCAGUUUGUUGA